AUGAAUGUGACAUCUCGAAGUUCAAAGGAGUUGCUACGUCUGCAAAAGGAGUUGAAAGACAUCGAAAAUGAAAAUGUGCAAGAAAUAGAUGCCCACGUAAAAGAUUCUAAUAUUUCUGAGUGGGUUGGUUUUAUAAAGGGCCCAUCAGGAACUCCUUAUGAAGAUGGUCAUUUUAUUUUGGACAUAACUAUACCUAAUGAUUAUCCAUAUAAUCCUCCAAAGAUCAAAUUUAACACAAAAAUAUGGCAUCCCAAUAUAUCAAGCCAGACAGGGGCAAUAUGUUUGGACGUUUUAAAAAAUGAAUGGAGCCCUGCAUUGACUAUUAGAACUGCACUUUUGUCAAUUCAAGCGUUGUUGUCCGAUCCACAGCCAGACGAUCCUCAAGACGCUGAAGUAGCAAAAAUGUACAAGGAAAAUUACUCCCUCUUUAUAAAAACAGCCAGUGUGUGGACAAAGACAUUUGCAACAGGGCCGAAGCUCGAACCAAGAGAAGUUAUUAUUAAGAAGAUUACCGAAAUGGGAUUUACCGAGGACCAAGCAAAGAAUGCUUUAGUGAAAGCAGAUUGGAAUGAAACAUUGGCACUAAACACCCUUCUUGAAAAUUCCUAA